AGAGCCGCGCGCGGGACUUCCUCCCGGAAUCCCGUUGGCCGGAGGAGCGGGACUGGUGGGUGACACGUAAGUUGAGUGGGAGGCUGUGGCGGCCCUGGCCGGGGUAGCGGCAGUGGUCACCCCGUCCUGGCCCAGACGAGCCGUGCCCCCCAGCCCAGCCCAACCCAGGCCAGUCCAGCCCAGUCCAGCCCAGCUCAGCCCAGCCGGGAUGCGCCCGGGCUAAGCAGCCGGGCAGCGGACCGGGACCAGCCUCUCUUCCCUUUGUGCUACUCUCAUCCUCCUUUAGGUGGCAACAAAGUAGCGCCCGGAGCCGGAGCAGCCCAGCUCAGAGCCGGCCUGUCCGGACCUUGACCGGUCUGAAGCCGGCCAGCCCAGCCCAACCCGCCAGGAGCCUGAGCUGUCCGGAUCCCGCGGGUGCAGGGAAGCGGCUGCUAGCCACCAACUCGGCCCCUCCGGGCCAGGGACAGAGGGAGCCCGGGCAGCCCGCACCGAAGCAUGCGAAGGGCCCUCGCGCGGGCGCUAGCACUCGGGGAGAGCGCACUCAGGAAAAGUUUGCUGCUCCGCUGCUGCCCCAAGGAGUUGGAGUUGGAGCGGCUGUGGCGAUAGCGGUGCCGACGUCGAUGGCAGUCCGCCCAGCAGUGCCAGGGGGUUGAAGCGAGCGCGUGCCGCUCUAUCCCGGGGGUCCUGCGUGGACGGCGCCUCCUCCCUUCUCUCGGACCCGUGCCCGAUGCUGCUGCUGCUGCUGCCGGGUGCUGCAGCUCCCUCCUGCUGCGGUGGCAGCAGCUGUUGAGGCGCUUGGGGCGCAGAGGAGGAGAAGGAGGAGGAGGAGGCUCGGGGGGCCAAAACGGGGACUAUGGGAAACGGGAUGUGCUCCCGAAAGCAGAAACGGAUCUUCCAAACGCUGCUGCUGCUCACCGUGGUGUUCGGCGUCCUCUAUGGGGCCAUGCUCUACUACGAGCUGCAGAGCCAGCUGCGCAAAGCCGAGGCGGUGGCGCUCAAGUACCAGCAGCACCAGGAGGCCCUCUCAGCCCAGCUACAAGUUGUAUAUGAACACAGAUCAAGAUUAGAAAAAUCUUUACAGAAGGAGAGACUUGAACACAAGAAAGCAAAAGAAGAUUUUCUGGUUUAUAAAUUAGAAGCACAAGAAACACUAAAUAAAGGAAGGCAAGAUUCCAACAGCAGAUACAGUGCGUUGAAUGUACAACAUCAGAUGUUGAAAAGUCAGCAUGAGGAGCUGAAGAAGCAACACAGUGACCUAGAGGAGGAACAUCGAAAACAAGGCGAUGACUUCAGUCGAACCUUUAGUGACCACAAGCAGAGAUAUCUCCAGCUUCAGCAAGAGAAAGAGCAGGAGCUGUCCAAGCUAAAGGAAACCGUUUACAAUUUGCGAGAAGAGAAUAGACAGCUAAGAAAGGCCCACCAAGACAUGCAUACGCAGCUUCAAGAUGUAAAGCAACAGCAUAAGAAUUUACUCACCGAGCAUGAACACCUAGUAGUGACUUUGGAAGACCACAAGAGCGCGCUAGCUGCUGCGCAGACCCAAGUGGCUGAAUAUAAACAACUGAAAGAUACGCUGAAUAAGAUUCCGAGCUUCCGAAAACCUGAUAGGGUGGAAGAACAAAAUGUCAUCCAGGUAGCACCUUCCCACCAAGAUGAUUCUGUUGCCAAAGAGAAGAAAAUAACUGAGGAACCAAAAGAGGGUCCCCAUAGUAAUGAAAAGUGGCAAGACCAGGAGCGGGUCACUGGGGAGAGGACAGCAGAGACCAAAUCCUUGCAUCCCACCCCCAAAGAGGUGGAGUUCCGCCCUGGAGAUGCACCCAACCACCCAGACAAGGAGGAGCCCAGGAGACAAGAGGAGCAGGAGCAUCAGGUGGAAGAGGAAAACAAGAGGGAGCUGGAAGAGGAGGCCAUGGAGCAGGUGGGGCAGGCUGAGCACCUAGUGGAAGAACAGGAUCAGGCUGCCGAAGAGCAGGAGCAGGCGUGGAAGGAGCAGCAGGAGCAGAGAGAAGAGGAGACCAACCUGCUGACAGAACAUGCUCAUCCGGAGGCACGUCCUUCAGAGAAGGCUGUGACAAAGGCCAAAUCAGCUUAUGAGGAACAAUUAGAGCAGCAGAGACUGGCUGCCAGAAGGGCCGAGGAAGCCCAGCAGCUAAGAGAGCGGCAGGAGUCUUUGCGCAAGCAAAGGCUGCAAGAGCACUUGCUGAGGCAGCAACGACUUCAGGAAAGAGAACUGGCCUUGCAGCGGCAGGCUGCGCUCCAGGAUGAGCAGCACCGUCAAAAGCGCCUGAGGCAGCAAACACGUUAUGAUGCUAUGGAUAACGAUAUUGUCCAAGGAGCAGAGGAACAGGGAAUCCAAGAGGAAGAAGGUGGAGCCUAUGAAAGAGGCAACCAGCACCAAGAUGAAACUGAAGAUGAUACACAUGGAGAGAAUGAGCCCCGAGAACGAGUACAGCAAGCAGAUAACCCUGAACCUGAUCGAGCAGCUGGUGAGGAUAUAAAUCCUGCCGAUGACCCAAACAAUCAAGGAGAGGAUGAGUUUGAAGAAGCAGAGCAAGUAAGGGAAGAGAACCUGCCUGAGGAGAACGAGGUGCCCAAGCAGAACAGUCAGAAGCAAGGGAACGCCGAAAUGGAGGAGCAUUUGGUGAUGGCAGGAAAUCCAGACCAGCAGGAAGAUAAUGUCGAUGAGCAGUACCAGGAAGAGGGCGAAGAAGAGGGUCAAGAAGAUUUGACUGAAGAGAAAAAACGGGAAUUGGAGCACAAUGCAGAGGAGCCCUAUGGGGAAAAUGAUGACAACGUGGAUGAUAAGAACAAUGACACCCAAGAACAGGCAGCUCGAGAAAUAAACCCCCGAAAAGGCCAGGAGGAAAACUAUGAGGAGGAAGAGGAGGAAGAGGAAGGCGGGGCUGUGGAGAAAGCUCGAGGCCGAGCAGAAAUGUGAUUUUGGUAGCUCUGGGGAGGCUUCAGCAGAGGCUUUCUCUUCAAGCUGCUCACAAACAGUCUGCCUACCGAACUCUAGGAUAUUUAAGGACAAUUCAGAGCUGCAACUUUUUUUUUACUUUUGUAUUUGACGCUUUCAUUCCUUUAUAUGAAUAUAGUAUUUUGGUAUUCUAGGUUAGUGCUUUUUUUGUAUCCAAGCUAAAUAUGAAGAAAGAGAAACACGUUCAAGGCAAACCAUAAGCUCAGACUCAGCUUGCUUUCUUUUUUUGGGGGGUGGUCAGUAGGGGUGGUGACACUGUCAAGCUUAUGUUUACACAAGGUAUUUUCCAAGCAUCUCUCUUCUGACACAUAUUCCAUUCCAACAAGCAGUAUAGGAGAAAAACAAGUGGGGCUCUGUGGCAUGUAGACCACAGAUGGUCAGGUCAGUAAUCAUGUUCCCAAGUUCCUAUGUACAACUAAGUAAAAAUUCAAGACUCUAGGUUAUAGGGAAGGUACUGACCUGCAUUGGGGGAAAGUAUUUGCUCUCCUGGGAAUCCCUAAACCAAUGAUAUCUGGAACCCUAUAUUAUUUCACAUCGGUCUUUUCAGAAUAUUUUAUUUAGCCCUAGUCUGAUUCCAAUACCAGAUGCCCACACAGGAUGGUAUACGCUUGACCAAGCCUCUAAUUCCCGUAUAUAGCCCAUGUCUUUUUUGGACAAUCAGAUUCAUGUUAGGGUGUGUGUGUGUGUGUGUGUGUGUGUGUGUGUGUGUGUGUGAGUGAUUUCCCAUUGCUUCUUCUGAAGCAUAUGCAACACUAUAGUCACCUGAGAAACAACUGGGCCAAUUAGCAGGAGUAUCCCAGUGGCACUAGGCUGAUGUGAGUUGCCUGUAGACCACUUACUAAGUGACUUUAAUGGUCAAGUGAGGCAGGUUGAAUUUUAGAAAGGGGCUUGGUACAUUUCUUCUCAGUAGCUUUUUUUUUUGGUUCAUCAAUAUUCAUGUUAAGUAUUUUGACUUCUUUCUGGAAUUAACUGGUAGCAUCAGUAUCAUCAAGGUCAUGCUCAGUCCAUCUUGGCCACUUUACAGAUCAUCUUGCUAUCACUUAUUUCCUUAAGCACCAACUGUCAAAAUGUAGUCCAUCAGAUUGAAGAUAUAUUUCCCUUAGCAUACCAUUUAACAUAAUCGUUUUGCAUGGAACUAUAUAUAGCAAGGCAUUAUACAUUCAGAUAUAAUCUACUCAUGACUUCUGUUGGCAACGAUUAGGUCUGCUUUCUCUCCCCAGCUCCGACCCCCAUACAUAAGACAUGAUGGUAAUUCUGAAUUAAUGAAGCCCUUUAAAAAGUCAGAAUUUCCCAGAAUGUUCUGUUUUUGGAAAUUGAGUGUUUUGUACAUUCAACACAUACAUCCUGCCAUAAAAUGAAUCAUCCCUUUAGGAUGCAUGGGCCAGGGUUUCCUGGAUUUGGUUGUGGGCUGUGCUGCAGUGACUGUGGAGAUCACUUCUUCCAAGGGGCCUGGAAAGAAGACACUUUCUAAGAGGGAAAAACUGCCAAAGAGAGGGGUGCUGGAGGGCUAUGAGUUUCCUCCUGGCUGAUCAUCAGCUUUUAGUGACACAUAAAUGUUAGAAUUGACUUAGUUCAGAAAAGGAAAAAAAAAACAUUUAACCAUCUCCUUAAGAGCCUCUUCCAAUUCAUUUCCCAUUAAGUUUUCUUGAAAUGCAUUUCUGUUCCAUAGAGGACUACAUUUGUUUCAAAGCUGGAUAUGAACGCCACCAGCAAUUAGGGGUUAAAUGCAUAAGAAAACAUUUUUUAAAAACCCAUAUACUUUUGUAAUUUGUAUUAAUUCUUUCAAAGCAAUGGAAAAAGUUCUGUUCUUACAAUUUUGAUAUUAAUGUAAUUUACCCUUUUAAACAAAACUAAUUUUAUGUUCAUUUCUAGUUUUGACUGUUCCUGGCUGAGUGUUUUUGUAAUUAUGCAAAGAAAGGUUUCAUUCAAAUGUAUUUUGGGGUUUUCUAGGAAUCAUAAAUCAACUUUUACCUUAUGUAUAAAAUCUCUCUGUAAUGUAAAAUGUAUAAUAUUGUACAUAAUCUUCAGAAUACAAUUAUUUUGGUAAAUUAGUUUGUAUUUUAAUGUCCCAGGGGCAAUAUUUAAUUAUUUGAGGCAUAAUAGAAUUUGGUUACAGAUAAUAAAAUCAAAAGACAGAUGGUA